UUUGCCGCCUGCCUUGACCUUUCUGCUAAGUCCGACUACACCUCUGCCUCAUCCUUCUGUUCCUCAGCUUGCCCAGCUACCUGUGUGGUCGAGUCGUAUCGGGGGUAGCGACCUGGGUGUCGCCUACCGCAGCAAGCCCAUCCUGCCUUGCGGUGGGCUCUGGUGAAGACCAGCGGCACCUUAGACUCCGCUCCCCGAUACGGUCCGUGUUAUCUGCCACACAGGUCAGAGGAUCCACAUCCAGCAUCGUUACAGCAAGAUCCGGCCAUGGAUCCCGCUAGGGUUCCUUUGCCCGAUAAUCCGGAUCUCACCUCCAUCAUGGCUCUCCAGUCACAGCAGUUGGCCCAGCAGGCGCAACAGUUAAACCAAUUGUCUGCCAUGAUGCAGCAGUUGCUUUCUGCCCAACAACAACCACAGCAGCCUCAGCCUCCUCCUGCUCCAGUGUUGCCUCUCGCUCCUGCAGUCGUCUCGGGAUCUAAGCUCUGUAUGUGUAUGAGGAGAAGCCAGCAUUGUUACAAUAUUAAGUAUAUCAUAAGCAUACAAAAUGACUGUUGUCUCAGAUUUUUUCUGAGCAUAUCCAUUACUGCCUGCCAGGAGGAUAAGCAGUGCCAGAAAUAUGCUCUGAACAUCCAGUGCUUAUUUUACCAUCCGGUAUUACAAUCAUCUGAAAGUGACACAGGAAUACUGGGGUAUACAGUGGUUGUCUACUUGGUGAUGACCAUCCUAGGAGUUGGUGUCGCUCACAUCGAGUAUAAAUUCAUGGUAAUUCGCUAUGCGUUAUAUAAUCUGCCAGAGGAUCCUUUAUACUAUUCCAUAGAUCAUCUGCAUUGGAACAGCAAUAAAUGCAGUAUAUUCUACAGAGCUGAGAUCAGGAGAAUCACUCACCAAAAAUGCAAUGUACAACAUCUUAUGCAUAAUGCUAUGCUUUUGGAAGAAGGUCAAAAAGUUUGGAAAUUCAGGUUUGGCAACGAACGUCUAAUGUUCCUGAAUGAGCUCUUCUGUUCUUCACUAUAGCUGGCAUCAACUGCAUAAUAAUAGGCUUUGUUCUUUAAAAGGUCUUUGACUUAUUUGUGAUUCUGCUUAAUUUAGCUGUCAUAAAGGUUCUGCCUAGUUUGCCUUUGGUGUUUAUACAUCCCUGUUUGUUUUAUCAACUCUCUUAACAAUGUCUAAUGGUAAAGUAAUAAAUACCAGAACUCUCAUUUGCAUUUGAGUUAAAUUGCAAACCACAUGUUUAGAGCAUCCUCUAUAAUAGGGUGUUGCUUAAAGAAAAUGUUCAUCUAUUAUGUGCUAAGAUUUUGUUAUCCAUAGCAUUUACUUUAGUUGGACUUCUGUAGAAUUACAAGUUGCUGUAGAAUAUGUUUCUAUCUAAGUAAAAUGAAAAAAUAAAUGAAUGAAUAAAUAAAUA